AUGGGUCGCAGGACAACCAGGCAAGAGCCAGAAUCGCCUCCAGGAGGUUACAGGUCAGUAGCGCCCGAUGACCCUGACGCAUACCCAUUGCUGGUAGCUUUUGAUCUAGACUAUACCCUGUGGGAUCUUUGGAUAGACACACAUGUGGUCCCUCCACUCAAACGCAAAGGGGAUGUGAUCAAUCAGCUUGUUGAUAGGCGUGGGCAAGACCUCUCCUUCUAUCGUGAAGUCCCUUCCAUCCUGGCCGACCUCAAGCACCGACGGAUACAUGUUGCUGCUGCUUCGCGGACGAGUGCUCCUGAGCUAGCGAGGGAAGCUUUGAGUCUGCUUCUUGUGCCAGCCCCUGAGGGAAACUCUCAUGUCAAGGCUCUUUCGUACUUUAACACUCUCGAAAUCUACCCAGGAUCAAAGCUGCGGCACUUUAGAGAACUUCACCGCAAAACCGGAAUCCCCUACGACCAAAUGCUGUUCUUUGAUGACGAGCAUCGCAACUUUGAGGUGGAGUCUCUGGGGGUGACGAUGCAGCUUGUACCCUCUAGCGGAACGGACAAGAAGCUGUUCAGGCAGGGACUGGCGCAAUGGCGGAAGAGGAGGGGUAUACGGGUGGACGAGUAA